AAAAAAGGAAAGGGGGGUGGGAAACACAACGACACGAAAACAACCAUUUCCUUUGAGAGAGACAGAGAGGAAACAAAUUAACAGAAUCCCAUGCCAAAAAUAUUUAUAUCCAAAAAAAAAAAAAAACCCACAAAAAACCCUUCCUACCAGCUGCUACCACCCCUACCUCUCUCUCCCCACAAUCCUUCAUAGGAUAUCAGGCUUUUCUGUUCAACCAGCAGCUGGUCUGGGAUAAAGCAUUCUUAGACUUUCUCUAAUUUACAUUAGCUCCUUGUCAAGGCAGCAGAGAGACUCUCCUUUUUCAUCAUCAGAUAUGGAAAGCGCAGCACCUCUGUCCUAAGAGUGACUUUUUUUUAAACGCCCAAUUUGGUUGUAAGAGAGAAGUAACAUCUGGAACACAUCUGUCUCCUUGGGGCGUGGGAAUAAGAGAGCGUCUAAUUUCAUCUGUUCGUUGGGGGCCUAAGUUCGUUGGGGUCCAGACGGGAAUGUUGUUGCAUCCUGGUGAAGAGGAGGUAGAGGUUGCCUUACAGGAGUGUGGAUAGAGGCUUGUUAAAAAUUGUUAGAUUCUCUGACUUGUUACCAUCCUUUCAUGGGACUUCCAAGCCAGCUGGACUGGCUGUCCAAUUCCCGGGGGUCUUUCAACUCUCAGAAUGAGUGGAGAUGUCCUCUAGCUGCCCCUGACCCUGUGCCGUGCAACAGGGGCCCCGUUUAACAAAAGCGGGCAGUUUGUUGGUAACGGGCGAUGGGCAUGCAGAGAUUUGUGGCAGUGGCUGUAGCAGUGGCUUUAGUGUCACUGAUUCUCAACAACAUGGCUGCAUUCACCCCAAACUGGGUGUACCAGACGCUGGAUGAGGGACGCAAGCGCAGCGUGGGGCUGUGGAAGAUGUGCAUGGCUGGAAAAGUGGCUUCAGGAUCUAGCAAUCGACCAGGACAGGGGGAAGAACAGGAGUGCCAAUCAAUUGGCUGGGGUUCGGAGCCCUCAGGGUUACAAGAAUCCCGUCACACUGUCAAACGUGAGUAUCUGCUAUCAUUAGUACAUACAUCUUACAUGGCUUCACAUCAACUAUAUCUACAUGUUCAUUGUGUCUAGCAGCACUCUAUGCUGUCUGUACAUGCUCAAUUUCUCUGAUCCACAGCUGCCAUUCUCUAGUAAAUGAUACGCUUUAUAAGUAUGUGUUACCUCUUAUUAAUAUGUUCUUCCUGAUACAGUUCACCGUUCAUCCACACUUUGCUGUUUACUUUCCAUCAAACUCAUUGAUUGCAGAGAAACAUCUGUAGCUGGAAAGUUAAACCUUGAAAUUUUCUAAUGAUUUCCCUCAAGCCACAUUGGUAGCUUUUCUAUACAGUUUGUUUCCUUGUGCUUAUACAUGGUCGAAUCAGUAAAAGAGAGGUUUAUGAAAAACUUUGUUUAAAAAAGAAAAUGCAUGAUGAAAACUUUCCCACGAGCGAGAUGUAUAUGGGUGUCAGUCUGUUAUAGAAAAUUGGUUGUAAGCACAAACGUUUGUUAGCUUCCAUUUUUAAUUUUGGGUUGUACCAAAUUCUUUCGAGUUCCCAUGUUAGCUCACUUCUGAUCUGUGACAUAUACACUCCAAAACACGAACAGGGUUAUUCACGAACGUGAGAAUUGAAGGUGAAUUUCAAAUCUCAAGCCAUAGUAGCUGAACCAGAAGCAGAGCUGACUUUUUAUUCGAGUCUGGUUAUUCUGACCUUAAAUUUUAAAUUCAUUUUAAAUUCACUCUAAAUUCUCAUUUUCGGGAAUAACCCUGGAAGAUCUAGUUAUACACAAAGGGAUUCUAGCCCAGAAAAUACAGCCAGCCAGUGAAGCAUCAUGAAUUUAUCCACAUUUUAAUGGGUUUGUAUAACUACAUUGGUGCCAGAAGGCUCUGCAAAGCAUAAUACAAUAGGCUAAAAUGUGUUUUAUUUAAUUACUGCCAGUAUUCUCUAUACGGAAUCAUAAUUAUUCUAAACAUUGAGCGUGGCAGCUUCCCAUCUAUGACCCACGCCUCUAAAACCUCCCCUUUGUAGAAUGCAAUAAGUACACCAAGCACAAGAAGAAUCAGGCAUGUGUGGUCCUAAUCUGCAGGGUCAUUUUGUAUCCAUGACAUUUAAUGGUUAACACUUACAUGGCCAUGGCCUGCAAUGGGGGGUAUUGAUACUCGCAUUGCUAUCAUGUUACUACCAGCAGCGAAAGAGUAAAAUGAAAACAAGCUAAAAAACACACAUGAGCUCAUUGGUCAUAAAAGAUUCAUCGUUCAUUUUCCUUCCCCCCCACCUCGGUUCCCUCACAGGUCAAACACCACAUGCAGACUUUUUAAACACUUUGCAGCUUUGUAAAAUGUCAUGUUAUGGAGGGAUGCUGCCAAACUGCCAGUAGGUGAGAGAGAAUUAUUCGUUGAAAACCACAUUAAUAUUUUGUAGGUAUCCCUUUAAUUAUACAAAGGCAUGCAAUACAUUAUAUUAUAUUUACAGCAUUCCUCCCAACCAUUCAAUCUUGUUGAUCUUUAUUGCUUAGGGUCCACAUCCAUCAUCUCCAAGAGAUUCUUUUAAAGUCCAUAAAAUGGAAGGGUGAAAACCCAUGAAUGUAACAGAUCUUUCUAUAAAGUGGCAGGCUUAUUUACUAAGGAAUUCCACAUUUAGUCUAUAAAGAGGUAAAGUAUGCCUAUAAUGUUAAAUUAUUUUAAAUUUACUCUCAAUUCCUGAAAAAUCACGCAGUACAUAACCUUGAACGUGGUGGUUGACAAAAAAAAAAAGGGCACUCCAAGUUCUUGAAAUUUAUGUGUAGGAAGCAGGAAAAAUAAGCGGAAAGAUCUGAGUGGCCAAUUAGUGAUGGCUAGACGACUGGGUCAGAGCAUCACCAAAACAGCAAGUCUUGUGGGGUGUUCACAGUAUACAGUAGUUAGUACCUAUCGAAAGGGGUGCAAGGAAGGACAACCGGUGAACCGGUAUCAGGGUCAUGGGUGUCCACGGAUCAAUGAUGCCCGUGGGGAGCAAAGGCUAGCCCGUCUGGUCAGAUCACACAGAAGAGCUACUGUAGCUCAAAUUGCUGAAAAACCUAAAAGGACACUUUAGUCACAAGAACCACUACUAAAGCUUAAUGUAGUGGCUCUAUUGUCUAUAGCCUUUCCCGGCAAAUAUUGCCUUUUCAGAGAAAAGAUGCAGUCACUCAGGCGACCACUAGAGGUGCUUCCUAUCUCAGUGCUGCACACUGUGCAGCACCUACGUUCAGAGUCUCCAUGCCACGACGAGAUCGGCACAGUUUUGGAGAAAAGGUACGUUUUUGAACCUUUAAUCUUCAUGGAGAGGGGGGUCGGAUAACCUACACAUUUUUGUAUUCUUGACACAAUAGUGUUCCUUUAAUGCUGGCCAUGAUAGAAAGGUGUCAGAACACAGUGCCUCGCAGUUUGCUGCAUAUGGGCCUGUGUUGCCGCAGACUGGUCAGAGUGCCAUCAUGACCCUUGUCCAUCAAAGCACCUUCAAAGGGAACAUAAGUGUCAGAGCUGGACCAUGGUGCAAUGGAUGGAAUAAGGUUGCCUGGUCUGAUGAAUCACAUUUUCUUUAAUAUCAGGUGGAUGGCUGGGUGCGUAGUUUACCUGGAGAAGAGAUAGCAGCAGGAUGCACUAUGGGAAAGCUGACUUAGGAAGUGUUGUGUUUUGCUUGGCAGUGUUCUGCUUGGAUACCUUGGGUCUUGGCAUUCACAUGGAUGUUAUAUGACACAUACCAUCUACCUAGAGAUUGCUGCAGACAUUGCCUUCAUGGCAAUGGUGUUCCCUGAUGGCAGUGGCCUCUUUCAGCAGGAUAAUGCACCUUGCCACACUGCAAAAAUCAUUUAGGAAUGGUUUAAGGAACAUGACUAAGAGUUCAAAGUGUUGCCUUGGCUUCCAAAUUCCCCAGAUUUCGAUCCGACUGAUCAUCUGUAGGAUGAGCUGUAAUAACAAAUCCGAUCAACUGUCUCAUUAUGGUGCGACUGUCAGCUUUUACAUGAUGCAGGAGAGAAAUCGAAUAUUCCAUUUCUUUCCUGUAGCAUAAACAAAUUGCGUACUAUUGGGCAUCACAUUUCAUGUGCUGCUUAACACAUAGAAGUGAUGUGUGCCCAGGAAAACAAAUCUCCAUAAUACAGCUGCAAGCAAAUAUUAAUAAAUAGUGCCACAAAGGCCUAAACCUUCUCAAAAACCUGGUCUGCUUCAAUAAUUACUCUAUCUGCUGUAACACCUGUGUUAGAAGUCCUUAUUCAUGACCCAUUGUACAGCGCUGUGGAAUUUGUUGGCGCUAUAUAAAUAAUAAUAGUAAUAUCCCAUUAAUUAAGUAUGCAGGUGUACAGUGGUAUUCUGAAUUUGUGCUGCCCUAGACACGACUAAAUUUGGGUACCCCCAAAAUUUAAAUUUUGGGGGUACCCUAGACACGACUAAAUUUGGGUACCCCCAAAAUCUAAAUUUUGGGCCCCCCCAAUUUGUGUCAAGGCCACUUUUUUGACUGACAGACACAUGCCCUAAUUGAUACAUGCACUGAUAUACACUCACUGACAGAUACACAGUCAUUGGCACACACAUACAGUCAUAACCAACACACACUUUCACUGACUGACGCACACUGACAGGCACACAUAAAAUGACAUACACACACACUGACACACACUCACACCCACUUUCACUCACCCACAGUAAGGUGGACAGCCCCAGAAAAGAGGCAAACAAGGCAUUUGUCUGGGAGCUUGGGACGCCCCCCCCGAAAGUGCCGCCCUAGGCAAAUGCCUUGUUUGCCUUGUGGUAAAUACAUCCCUGCAGGUAUGUAUGUUUGUGUGGCACACAAGUACAUGUUCUAAUAGCAAGAUGAAGUCUUACAAGAAAUUAUCUUAAUAUCAACGGUUAAAAACAACCUUCAACAUGCCACGGGAUUAUGAAGCAUUAUCAGAGAUGCAGAAUUAUGGUUCCACCUAUGGUCCUUGAUGUAACAGAAGGUCCAGCACUUCCAACCACACAAUGCAAUCAAUGUUCCAGCAUCAUCUUGGUGUAACUGUCAGCUUAGCAGGCCAGUCCCUGGUAUAUUCAGGGCACCAGUCAUAUUAUCAUAGCACGGCAUGGAAAAAUGUAAGAGAUUUGAUUUUAAAUAAAGCAUAUUUAAAAAAAAAAUAUUUUUUAUUUUUUUAUAAGUUCUAGAUUUGAAUAACCAUCAAGUUGCAAAAUUUAAGAAGCAUAAACUAAACAAAGUAAAUAUAUAGAAUAACGUAUUGUGUCGUGUGUGAUUUGAUUGUGUCCAAUCAUUUUGUUUCCCUCUCCAGUGCAGUUUGACAUGAUGAGGGCCUGUAACCUUAUUGCCACGGUAGCGCUUACAGCUGGCCAACUGAUUUUCCUGAUGGGCCUUGUGGGUCUACCGAUUAUCUCCAAGGAUUCCCAGUGGUGGGAAGAAGCCAUUACUGCUGUAUUCCAGUUGGCUAGUAAGUGAGCCACUCAGUCAUUGUUGUAGAAUGGAGUAAAAUGGACAGACGCUGUGUACUAAACACAUUUCUAUAGUCUUAACUGCUCAAUGGCAAUCCAUAACUACAUAGCAGCUACCCAUUCUUUUUAUUAAAUCCAGAGUGGGCAAAAUCAGGAAGAAACAUCUGGAGAUCAGACGAGAAUAUCACAUCUAAUAGAAUAGCUCUAAAACAUCCAAGACUCCUAAACUACAUUAGCUACUUGCCACGGCUUGAAAAUAAAGACAUCCCAUUUUUCCCCCUUAUAAUUUAAUAAUUAAAUCGACAUUAUCAAAUAGCAGAUAAUAAAUAACAUAUUAUCCAUGUAGUAGCUAUCAGUGGCGGACAAGUUUAAACAUGUUGUUUCCAUGAUUUAAUUUUGGUUUUUUUUAAAAAAGGAACUACUCCUUUAAGUUGCUUCCUCAAUGCUUUUCUCUAUUAAGCAACCUCCUCCCAUUUUGUUUCAUGUCCCGGGCUUUCAAGGCCCAGUUUGCAUAACAGGUAGUAACAGGCAUUUCCUCCUCCUGUGUAGGGACAUCCUGGCGCCCUCCAGUCUGUGUCCCUCGGCCCGGCAUACAGCACAGACUGCAGCACAAAAAAGAGGAAGCAAGGGGCAGCCUAAUUAUAGACAUGGGGAGUGUGCAGGCCACUGUAUACCAACACGAGACAAAACAACAAACUGAGAGAUGUUCCUUCCCACAAAACAGGCUGUAAUUCAGCGGCUACGCUGUGAUACUGGGCACUUCCACUAGAUCUCACCGUAGCAUUGAAUGGCGUCUGUGUCGUACACAGGAACAACGCAAGGACAAUUUAUGUUUUGCCAUUGCAAUAACAACUUAGAAGACUCUAUUCAGCCAUCACUAAUGGUUUAAAAUAAAAGAAUAACUCUAAAGUUUGCUUUAAUGAAAUUUUCUGUAUACACACACCACUUCUCAGUUGCCUCUCCGAAUUUUACAGACCAAAAAAAAAAAAUGUACUUGGUCCCCUAACAGUUAAUGCUCAGUUAUUCUGGAAAUGAAUUUAUACCAAACAAAAAAUGGUCUAUAGAAAGUUAGCAUGUUCCAUAUUGAUCAUGACAUCCCUAAUGUACCCAGCUGUAAGUGUUCAUUUUGUUAUUUAAGAUGCAAAAUCAGGGUAUAACGUGUCAUAUGUUAUAUUUCCUGGCAGGUUUCGUUUUGGUCAUUGGGCUGGUGACGUUUUAUCGCAUUGGUCCUUACACCAAUUUGUCCUGGUCUUGCUACUUGGACAUCAUUGCCUGUCUGCUGGCGACACUAGCAGCUGCUAUCCUCAUCUGGAACAUUCUUCACCGGCGUGAAGACUGUAUGGCACCCCGCGUCAUUGUCAUUAGCCGCACUCUUACAGCUCGGUUUCGUCGAGGGUUGGAUAAUGACUAUGUCGAGUCACCAUGCUGAUAUUGGCUUAGGACCACAAACAUUAUCAGUGGAUCAGUAUGGCCAAAAAUAUAGCUUUAUCCAUCAAAGUCAAAUAUCAAGGGAACAUGGGCAAUAAGAUUUUACUAUUAAAUAUACCACUAUGUAUUAUAACAUUCUUAAUUGCGAGAGAAGAACUUGGAAGCUGCUUUGAUGGAAUGUGCAAUGUUCCAGUCCAAUAGGCCACAACAGCAAUCGCUUACAAUAUAUCUCAAUGGAGGGUUUAUGAAACAACCCAAACUGAGGAUAUUUACAGCUUAAACAGAUUUUCCCCUACAUCAAAUGCGGAGAUAAUACCAACGACAAAAUGAGUUAACCUUUGGCGCUAUUUACAUUGUUUCUGUCCGUUUGGAUACAAAAUUAUGGACAUAUUGAGGUCUUCUCUGAUUGCAUUUGGUACUUAGUCAGAGGGCAAACUCCACUGAGUACUAGAAAUAAGGACCGAAGAAGAAAAAUACAAGACCACACCAUCGAGCGUGAAUGGCAGUUCUUCUUUAUCUUACUUAACUUAAGUGAAAAUUCAGUGCGUAAAAUGAUGUACGCAAUUCAUAUGUAAAUAUGUUACAUGGCACUUCAACAUUCAAUCCCAAUUUAGACCAUAGGCCUGUUGAAUGCAGUCAGAACGGAUAUUAACGAUUUCUGUCAUGUUAACUUUUUUCUUUUUAUGUGCAGUAUUUUUGUGUGUCCAUUCAAUACCUGCAGAUAUAAUUCUAAAGUCUAUUUAAGGUGUGUGGAUAACAAGAUUGCCUUUACGUAGAUGCAGAUUUAAUCUACACAUCGUGCCAGUGAAAUCACCAGCAAAUGUGGAGACUAAAAUAUAUACUUACCAGACCACUGACCCAUCAUGGCGUCCUGGAAUGAAUGUGGCACAUACAAAUGUCAGGCCCCUAAAUGAUGGAUGAAGUGUUCAUAAAAUUCCUUGAGUGCAAAUUGUGAGUUGUUGCGGUGUCAUUUGAAAGCAAUGGAGCCGCACGGGAGGCCUCCAUCUUUGCACAGCUUGUUUGAAUUAUUUUACCAAGUUCUGUCAGUCAUGACAGGAGCACUUUAAAAAGCCUAACGUCAGCUUUUUGCACUUGUCAAGAAGACAAAUUCACUAAAAAAUUGCCAAAAACUGAGAUUUACAGUUAUCUUUGACAUAGUAUAGAAGUUAGAAGUGAUAGAAAGGAGCUAUUCCCUCAGUAAACGGAGGUGAAUGUAGGUCCUAAGAAGAGGGAAUAACACAAAGGCCAUAUUUGCAGAUAUUAACGAUUAUAGUACCAGAUGCAAUCUGUAUAAACAGUUGGAAACUCAGAGACCAGUGACUUGACUGUUAAUGUUACCAAAAAGGCCCUAAAUCAGGAAUGUUCUAGUUGUUGCAGAACUACAACUUCCAUGAUGCAAUUCUAACCUUAAAGUUAAUGCAGAAUUACAGCUCACAUGAUGCUGCACAGCAUCAUGGGACUUGAAGUUCUACACCAGCUGGAUCUGUCUUUUUGUCACCCCCUGCUAUAGGAAAUAUAAAAUCUUAAAACAUUACAUAGAAUCGUGUGCACUAAUAAUUCACAUAAACCUGUCUGUAGACAAAAGGACAUGUUUAAGCCAAUUUCCCUAGGUUUUUGUUCGGUUUAUCCAUGUUAACAACGUUUCACUGGAUAAAUAUAAAUAUAUUUAAAACAAAAGUGCACCCGCUUUAUAACCAACAAUGUAUAUUAAUAUCAGAUAUCAUUAUAAUUCAAUUUUUAUAUAAUUAUUUAUCGUGGUUUUUGUAAAAUUAAAUGUAAUAAAGUAAAGAAAGUCUUAUGCGCAUGGAUUUUUAUUAACCUGAAGAUGCUUAUGUGGUUUUAUACCCUUGGUCACCAGGAGGUCAUCUGUAGCGGUAUCCCAUAAUACAGUUCUGUCUCACAAGCUCGGGUACAGGGAGUGCAAUGUGUACUGAGGCUUUCAUUGUCGCCGAGCCUGGGAGGCCUGCAAACCCCUUUUGCAGCAGUGCCGCCAUGUUAAGCAGAAACUCAGCAUUCACAUGUGCACCCGGCAUCAUUUUCCCAUAAUCCUCUACAUGCAUAUCUACCUGCAUCUUUACAUUAUAUAAAAAGGAGCAGUCACAUGGUUUUAGAAAAAGCAAAUUAAAG